CACGUGAUGGUUCCUCCUUCUCCUCGCCGCCGCCAUGACAGUCCCCUGAGGGAGGAGGGCAUAAAAAAGGGAGGGGAAAGGGUGACGAGACCAUAACACGCUCGGUCCUCCCACCCCGCCUCCGUCUCUACAGGCCUGACAAAGAGUGAGGUGAAGCUGGAAAAUGAAGCAGUAACAAAUGUUCCUCAAUGUUCCUUAUGUGCCAGUGAUGUCUCUGCCAGGGAUACCUGAAUCUUACAGUCAUGUAUUGGCAGAGUUUGAAUAUCUUGGUCCUCUGCUUUCUGUUCUCAGACUGGAUUCUAGUCGUUUGAAGUGCACAUGUAUAUCGGUUUCUCGGAAAUGGUUGGCACUAGGUAGUUCGGGUGGAGGUCUGAACCUUAUCAACAGGGAAAGUUGGAAACAGAGGCUUUUUCUCACUCAUAAGGAGGGUGCCAUUUCCCGCAUCGCCUUUGCCGUAUAUGAUGAGGACUAUGUUGCUGUAGCUACCAGUCAAGGCCUCAUUGUAGUCUGGGAAUUGAAUCAGGAACGUCGUGGGAAGCCAGAGAGAGUUUAUGUUUCCUCUGAGCACAAAGGCAAAAAAGUGACAGCUUUAUGUUGGGAUACUAAUGCACUCCGUGUUUUUGUUGGUGAUCAUGUGGGGAAAGUAUCUGCUAUCAAGAUUAAUACAUCUAAGCAAGGAAAGGCCACUACCACAUUUGUGAUGUUCCCUGUUCAGAUUAUAACCACUGUUGACUCUCGUGUGGUUCAGCUUGAUUAUUUGGAUGGCAGGUUGCUUAUCUCUUCCCUUACUCGCUGUUAUUUAUGUGACACUGAGAGGGAAAAGUUUUGGAAAAUUGGAAAUAAGGAGAGAGAUGGUGAAUAUGGAGCAUGUUUUUUCCCUGUUGGAAGAACUUGUGGGAACCAGCAGUCACUGAUAUAUUGUGCACGUCCCAGUUCACGGAUGUGGGAGGUGAAUUUCGAAGGGGAAGUGCUAAGUACACAUCAGUUCAAGCAGCUUCUUUCGUCACCACCUCUCCCUAUUGUUACUCUAAGGGAGGAUUUGGAGUAUACUGUUUCUGCCUGUUCCCCUCAGUCAUUGGCUUUCCCCAGGCUGCUUUAUUUGAGUGAUCACUGUGUAGUGACAUGGACAGAAAGAGGCAUAUAUAUUUUUCUUCCCCAGAAUGUCCAAGUUUUGCUUUGGAGUGAAAUUAAAGAUGUUCAAGAUAUUGCAAUACAUAAAAAUGAACUCUUCUGUUUGCACACCAGUGGAAAAGUCUCCCACCUUUCUCUUCUGCCAGUUGAAAAAUGCAUAGAACGUUUACUUAGACGAAGCUGCUGGAGUCUUGCAGCGAGAAUCUGCUGUCUCUUCCAGAAUACUGUUGUCUUAUGUCGGGCAAGAAAAGCUCUUCCAGUAGAUAAGCUAGAACACUUGAAAUCACAGUUGGAUCUUUCAACACAAAGUGAUAUCAUUGCUCAGCUUGAAGAACUGAUCUCAAAACUUGAGCCACUAGAUUCUGCAUGCAGUAGUAGGAGGAGCAGUAUUUCUUCACAUGAAAGUUUCAACAUAUUAGAUUCUGGUAUUUAUCGUGUUAUUAGUCGAAGAGGCAGCCAGUCUGAUGAGGAUACUUGCUCCUUACAUAGCCAAACCCUAUCAGAAGAGGAAAGAUUGAAAGAAUUUCACACACACCAAGAGGAAGAACACUUUGAACCAGACAAUGUAUCUCAUGCUUCUGUGGUGGUCGACACUGAUCGGAAUGAGACUUUUCUUCCAUUCAGUAUUCCAUUGUCAUUCCGUUCCCCAUCUCCUCUCGUCUCUCUUCAGGCUGUCAAGGACAGUGUUUCUAGUUUUGUGCGUAAGACAACAGAGAAGAUUGAAAAGAUUGGUACUCAUGUGAAUCCAGAUAGAAUCAGACAGGAUAUUAAGGAUGAAGAAGAAGCAAUGCCGGAAGUGACUGUUAAUAUACUAGCACAGCCACAGGAAGAAGAAGUUGAACUGCAGAAUCUGCCAUCAGAUGAAGAACUGCUUAAAGACCUGAAGGCAAUAACCACAGAGACUCUAACCAGACUCCAAGAUCCAUUGGUCUUGCUACAACCACAUUUCUUGAGGGCAGUUCUGCUGGAGUGGAUUCCAUUUUUAGAAGAAGCGUUUAGAUUCAAUGCAGCUACCAUUUUAGUUAAUGGCUCAUCAAAAAUACACAGAGAGGUGCCUUUGCAAGUUAAAGAAUCAAAGCACUGUAAUGAACGUGUAGAUCAGGAGCAGGAACAGCUCUCAGGAACAAACUAUGAAACCAAUGAUGUACCUAAAGAACUGGGAGAGAUUUUGGAAGAAAAUGCUGAGCCAGUUAGUAGCACUCAGACUGAUGGAAUACUAUGUGAAGAAACUACUGGGUCAGAGAUGGCAUUCAACCAGUUUUUUAAGAUUUCUUCCCCAUGUUUCAUUGCUCAAAACAUUCAGAAAGAUCUGGUAGAACUUACAACCUUAUGUUUUGAAUUAAACCUAUAUGAGAGCUCACAAAUAAUUGAUGAACAGUGUGUGCAGCCAGAAGCUUCCUGUGUGUUGGCUUGUAGGUUCAUAAAAGAUUAUUUUUUUCUUCUGGAUUUGGAAAGGCUGAAGAACUGUAUUUUAACCUGUCACAGUGAACAUCCCAAAGUUUGGGAAACAUAUAUGGAAGGGCUAAAAGAACUGACUCUGACUAGCCCAGUCACUAUGUCACUGGAAAAUGGAGAUAUGUUUAAAACACUGAAAUUGGUAGUUGAUCUGGGCCCCUGGGAUGCUCCUGUAUUGCUGGCACAUGCCCAAAGGCUUUAUGAAACAUUUGGAGAAACUGCUCUCAGGCCUCUGAUCAAGUUCUAUCCCUCUAUUUUGCCUUCAGACAUCAAGCAAAUUUGUAAAAACAAGCCUGAACAUUUUCUAGCUUAUUUAGAUAGUCUAGUCAAAUCAAAGCCAGAAGAUGAAAGGUUGUCUUUCCUUAGAUCUCUUCUGCAUCCUGAAUCAUUACAAUUAGAUUGGUUAUGUUUAGCAGUUUCUCAUGAUGCUCCACAGAAAGCAAGUACAAUGGAUAGCCAAGGAAAUCCAUGGCCACGUUCACAUUUAUUUACUUGGGGAUAUAACCAACUGAUUUUAUUGUUACUUAAACUUCCAACUGACAUUAUAACAAAAGAGAAGAUAUCUGACAUAUGCAAAAGUUAUGGUUUCUGGUCUGGAUAUCUGUCUCUCUGUUUGGAACUGAAUAGAAGAACUGAAGCACUUACUAAUAUUGUGCAUUUGGAUGAUAUGAACCUAUUGGAUAGAGAACAUGGGGCAAUUCCAGAGACAGUGGAAGAAUGGAAGUUCCUUCUUUGCCUUAUAAAGAAUCAUCACAGUAGUGUCUUCCAGCCUGUUGUGCAAAAUGGUGGCACUUUUAAUAAUGGUACUCCAGACUGGUCAACUUCUGUUACUAUUGAAAAUGUGGCUCUCCUGUUGGCCAGAUUAAGUGGCCCAGAUAGUGCUUUGCAGCUCUUGCAAGAAUGUGGCCUGAUGGAUGAAUUAUCUGAAAGAUUUGCCAAGAUCUGUGAGAUACUAAGAAUGGCUGAAAAGAGGCAGAGAGCCCUGAUUCAGUCCAUGCUGGAAAGAUGUGACCGAUUCUUAUGGUCUCAACAAGCAUAGCAAACAGUUCUGGAAUACACUAAUAAAAAAUUAUGUUCUUCCUGUACUGGACCAUUCCCAAGAAAGGUCCUUCCUUUCUAGGAAAAGGUGAAUUGUGUUAGACUUUCAAAACUGAAAGCAAUAAAAUUCCCUUUUCUACCAGAUAUAUAUUGUUAGGAUGUAUGCCACUGAAAUCAGGAGGCCUUUGGCACCAGUGCCAUACUUCCAUAAAUGAAAGCAGUACUAUCAAGGAAACUCAAAAGGAAGAUUCUGUCUACCUCCCCAUGCACCUUCGAGAUCCACCUUCGAGAUCAGCUGUGUAGAACUGGGAAACCAUCUGAAGCACAUUUUUGGGCAGUGCAGAGGUUUGCAAAAUGACACCAUUGAAUUCUGACAUACAUUAUUAAAAAUGCUAAAUGAUAUUGCUGCCAGUUCAGUAGGGUUACUGCUACAGUUGCUUGGCUCGCCUCUCCUGUGGGGUUGCCAUCUAGGGAUUGGAGUAUCCACGGAUGGCCCUACUCUGUUCUUCCCAAUGAUGGCAUGUGCAUGGGGCUGCACUGCCAUUGGGAAGAAUGUGACUUGAGGUCCUGCGAAUUUUGCCAACCACACAGGCGAGUGGGAGGUCCGGAAUGGAGACAUUUGAAAUUCUGAUGAUCAUCAAAAAUAUGGAAAACCUCUGCCAACUUUUAAGCAAUUCACCAUUUAUUAUACAGAGAUGAAUGUAUGUAACUGCAUAAGCCUUUACGUUUACAUUACAUAGACUGAAAAGGACUGCAUUUUAAAUUAAAUUGAAGACUCUGGUAACAUUAGCUGUUGAUUUGAUGCAUUGUUCAUUCAGUUAACCAUGGAAGGAUGUUAAAUAUCUAAUCUUCCACAUUCAGAUGCACACACAGAUGGACAGAUGUAUACACAGCCCUCCAAAGAAACACAGCACUUCAGAAUCUGAAGUGAUUAUGUCAGUAGUUUAAUACAGAUACAGGCAGUACAGAUGGCUCUCCUCUUCUGCAGGCUUGCCAUCUGCAGACUGGAGUAUGCAAAUGGGCCCGCUCCAUUCUCCCCAGGGGUGGCACAUGCUUGUUGCUGUACUGCCAUUGGGAAAUAUGGGACUUGAGGUCCUAUAGAUUUUGAUACAGGGAGAUUCAGAACAGAAGUCCCCCGGAUACGAAGAGCUGCCUGUAUUUGCAUAUGUUAGAAAUGAACUUUUUAGCAUUCUAAAUGGUUGGUACCAUUCUUGUGUGUUACAGCAGAUUAAUUCCCUACCCCAUUACAUAAACAAUCCACUAAAAACAUCGUAAAGCAUUUGGUGUGGGUGACAGUAUGGAAUCUUUUGCUUUAUGUCUUGUUUAUGUCCUGCUAAAAUGACAGUAUUAUUCUAUGCAUGAUUACUCAAGAGUGGGUUCUACUGUUCAGUGGUGCUGAUGCCCAAACUAUGCAUGCAAAGGAUUGCAGUCUCAAACUACAUAGGAUUGCUUGCAGGGAUAGCAUUGCAGUCUCAGACUCGAAUGCUACUGUUUUCAUGCUGGUGCUGUCUUCUCAUUUUAUAGUUGCAUUACACAAUAUUUGUUUCCUUUGGCCAUUAUGUACUUUUGAAGCCCACUUAACACUCUGUUAAGGUUAUCAUUGGCUGUUGAAAUCAGAAUAUUAUAUGAUUUGGUUUUCAGUCUGUAGGAUUUUUUAACUGAGAUUUUACUUUUAAUAAUGGCUUGGGUGUGAAGAAGGUACAGAUUAUUUCUGUGCUUGCAAAGUCGCUUCUCUGUUCUUCCUUCUGGAAGCAGGCCCCAAUGUCUUUUUCAAAAAGCUCCACUUAAUAGGUUGGAAGGCCCCAGUUUUUCAGGGACCAUAAAGAGUGGUUACUAGUGUGUUUGGGGUGUGUGUGAUAAAUCAUUCACCAUUGUGCUUAUUAAGUAGAGCUUUUCAUUUAAAGUGAGGUGAAUAAAAUAGGACCUGUCGACCAGCCUGCUUCCUAUCUCUUUUUGGGAGUCUGAUGUCCCCUCCAGCACCAGCUACAAUUGGAGAUGACAAAGCUCUGACUCCUGGAUGCUUCUAGGAAGGUUUGGGUUUGUAGAGGACCAGGGAGCCCCCAUAACCUCAGUCCCUCCAAAAACAACUGGGUAUAACAACUUCUGGCUUCCAUUUCUUCCUCUCUUCAUUUUACAUGCUCUUGUAUCCUCAGGUUAACUGUUUUAUUAGAAGGGUACUUAGAAGUUCUAAUUUUUCAUGCUUUGCAAAGCAUUGGAUUAUUUGCCUUCUUUUUGAGGUCUUAUUUUUCUAAGCUAACAUCCAAAGAGUCCUAUCUGCCAUAUAGAAUGGGUUUCAUUGACAUUCUGCAGGCUAUUUCCAGAAACGGGGGUUUCAGAAAUCCUACUGUGAGUAGACUCAUCAUAUCGUUUCUUGAAUCUGGGCUCUGUUGUGUAAAUGAUUGCUUACUACCUCACACUUGUUUUGAGAGAAAGUCUUGCAGUUUAGGACUGAUAGAAAUGUACAAACUGAGUUCAUGGAAUAUUUUUCAAACAGGAUGUAGUAUAUAAUUUUGUGCAGAUGUGGAACAGUUAAAAGUUUUCUUUUGUAUUUUGCUACAUCUUUAAUUGAUUUCAGUGCAAAUAAUAUGCUUUUGUAGACACUGUUCAUAUUAAAAAGUAGCUUUAAAAUAUUGCUUGUAACCAAAUACCUUUGGUUAUAGUUUUCACUAACCUGAUAUUAAAUAAAGUUAAUAUAUAUUACCCA